CAGGCCGGCGGUUCCAGGGACCUCGCUCUCGUCCUCACUCUGUCCUGCAGGGCUCGAGACCGCCAACGGGGAGCCGUGCCAGAUGCCCUACAACAGCAGCAAGGUGAUCCUGAUGGUCUUGUACAGCUCCGUGUGCACGCUGGCGCUGCCAGCCAACUGCGUGACGGCGUGGCUGACGCUGCUGCAGGCGCUGCAGGGCAACGUGCUGGCCAUCUACCUGUUCUGCCUGGCGCUGUGCGAGCUGCUGUACGCCAGCACCCUGCCGCUCUGGAUCAUGUACAUCCGGGACAACCACCGCUGGGGCCUGGGCGACAGGGCCUGCAAGGUUACCGCCUACAUCUUCUUCUGCAACAUCUACAUCAGCAUCCUCUUCCUGUGCUGCAUCUCCUGCGACCGCUUCGUGGCAGUGGUGUACCCGCUGCAGAGCCGCGCACGCCGCCACCCGAAGGUGGCCAUCCUCGUCUCUGCCGGGGUCUUCGUCUCGGUCGGUGCCGUUUUCUCGCCGGUGUUCAAGGUCACAACGAACACGACCUGCUUCGAGCCGGUGCUGGUCAACGAAACGACCGCCAUCUACUACUACUCGCGCUUCACCUGCGGCUUCGUUGUGCCGCUGUUCAUCAUCGCCUACGCCAACUGGCAGGUCUUCAAGAGCAUCAGGCAGUGCAUGGGCUUGAGCGCCGCCCAGAAGGCCCGGAUAAAGCGCCUGCUCACGGCCGUCGUGGCCAUCUUCCUGGCCUGCUUCACGCCCUACCACCUGGUGCUGCUGAUCAGGGCGGCCGCCUUCUCCAGCCACAAGGGCAACACGACUGCCCUGUGCCUGCUGGAGCGUGACUUCUUCUACACACCCUCCGUGGUCUUCCUGUGCCUGUGCACGGUCCACAGUGUGGCCGACCCCAUCAUCUACUUGCUGGCCAUGGACCUCAGGCUGCGGGAGGACCUCAGACACCUCAGCUGGAGCCACUGGCACAUCAGGGCUGACUCCACCUGGCUCGCGGCUUCCAGGGACUCAGAGGAACCGCGGUUGCCCACGCUGCCCACCAACAGUGGCACCUUCCCCACGGCCGUGCACCCCCCGGGGGCCCAGCAGGGCAUGGGGCCCUCCCUGAGCGCCCUGCACGAGGAGCCCUGA